GUCCAACCAGAUGGAUGAGCUCAGGCCGUCCGCAGAAGAGUUGCAGCGUGAGCUGGCAGAAGUCCAGCGCAAGCUGCAGGACACUGCCUCUGCAUGGGCCGCUGCUUCUGCAAAGAAUCUGGAGCUGCAGCAGCAGAUGAAGGCGCAUCCGAGCCGGUCAAUGGAUUAUGCGGACCAGGUUGUCACGCAAUACGAGCGGCGUGUGAAGGAUCUCAUGGAGCAGCUGCAGGCGAAAUGCAGCGAGGUGUCAGGCCUCAAGGAGAAGUUGGGUGCGCAGGAGCUCCAAAUGCAGAGAACCCUCCAUGAGCCGGAGAGGGGCCUGGUCAACACGUUGGAGUUCGAG